CUGUUACCAUGGCAAUUGCCCUGCCCUUUGACCUCUGCAGUUGCCCUAAAUACCCCUUUGUAUUAUGACCAACCUUCAAACACACACAUACUUACUUGUGCUGUAAGACUAGGUCUUCGCUUAUUUCUUGACUUCAUCUGUGUUUGCUGCAGGUGUGAGCAUCUCAGGAUAACCAUGCUGGUGAUGUCACUGUUCCUGCUAUCCACAUUCCAAAAUGUGCAAAGCACUUAUGUGUUCUGCCCAGAUACAAAUGACCUCAACACAGAUCAUCUUCUGCUAGAUUGUCUGGGAGAGCGGUUCAACUGGCUUUAUUCAGUGUUUGAUAAUUUGCCGUCUUUGGUGGAGUUUGCUCUGUGGAUGCGCUGUGAGACUGGUGUAUGUCCAACUGAUCUUCAAGGCCACAGACACUACUGCAGCUAUAUAAGCAUCCAGAAUACAACACACACUCCAGCACCCAGCGAUACACUCGACUGGUGCUGCUUUGACCAUCAAAGAUGCUAUCGGGAACUAGAAGAAAUACAUUGCAGAAAGACACCACCAACACACACCAAUUAUACCUGCUCCCAUCUCACCAACAACAGCUGUGAUUCACUUGACUUGUGUGAACAAGGAUUCUGUUUGUGUGACCAAGAAGCCAUAGCCUGCAUUGGCAACAACUCCCACUCUGUGCUUCCAAAUCAGCAUGAGAAAAAGGAUUUAAACAGCCCAGGACUCACAGGUUUUCCUUAUAACAACACCAUUGUCAGUGAGGUGCUCAACAGAACAGAAUGGAUGGAAGCAUCACCACAGAUAUCGGAUAAGGACAUAAUGCUUGAUGAACUGGAUAUUACGCUGAAUGGAACUAUGGGUAACUUCACUGAGGAUUUUUUACUGACAAACAACACACUGAAGAACCAGAGCCAGAGUGCAGGAUACUCUGGGAUACCUCCAUCAGUUACACUUUUCCAAAAUGGCACUGAAGAGGACGAGGAAAAUGAUUUGGCCGCAAAUACCUACAAUGCUACAGGUUUACCUUUGAAUGACAAGGAGAAUGCAGAUUUAACACCAGUGACAAAACCACAAAAACCUCAUGGUGUGUAUCCUGAAACACAAACAUACACGCCUCACUCAGAGACAACGAAUGCACACACACAUCCACUGGACUCCGCCACUGCAGUUCCACCUGCACUGUCACAUGCCUGGACAAACGAUUUACCAAGAGAGCUGGAAAACGAUAGAGGUGAGGAUGAGGAGCUCCAGAAUGGCACGAUGCUCCUCCAAACUACAGCAGUGACCUUUGACCCUACAGCUCCACACACAUCAGGCAACCCUGAUGACAAGACCACAGCAUAUUCAGAACUGAACACUUCAGAGACAGAGAGCAAUGAGAUGGAGACCAAGGACGAGUCAAGAGAGUCGAGAGAGAAGGUUGAAGAUGGGGAGAGUGCAGAGAGAUCACAUGCUGAGGAGAAAGAACACAAAAAUGAGGAAGAAUCUAAAAUGUCACAUGGCAAUCAUAUCCCUAUGGUAUCCACUCCAUCUGGGGCAGCAACCAGUCAAAUCCUGUUUCACCCAGUAACCCUGUCUCUGCCAGCCAAACAAAACACGGAGGCUAUGGCCACGCCUACACAGCUGUCUCCUGAGGAUAACAGCGAUGAAAGCGGGGAAAAGAUAAGCAGCGAAGAUGAACAGAUAACAGAAAUGUUGCAAGUCACCACCCCAACCAAGAUCACUGAAGAUCAGGCCAAACUGUUUGAGAUACACACACCAGCAAGCACACACACACACACCACCAUACAGCGUCUCUCAGAAGACAAGGAGGCGACAGACACAGAAAGUCAGGAUGAAGAACAACACAGUGAUGAAGACAAUCUGCAGAUGAGUGCAGAAAUACAGGACAGCAUUGCUGGUCACAUGACCACACUGAAUGCCAUCACGGUCUCACCCAUGACCUCUCACCUCAUACCUAAAAAUCCUACACAACACAUAGAAGUCAAAGCUAACAGCCCAUCACAAGCAACCUCGACAAUAUCCCCGAAAACAACAAAUAUGCCAGGAACACACCAAACAUCACACAGACUCACCACACACACUUCACUUACCAGACCAUUCACACCAGGCACAUUUCAAGCACAGACAACUUUCACAAAAUCACCACACACACCGUACACCUCACAUUCACUACUUAUGAAGCCUACAGUCACUCACAAAACCUCGGUGACGCUUCACCAAAGAGUCCCUGUUACACACAACCACAAAACUGAGCCUCGCCCACUCCACACUCCCAGGGUUCCUCACACACCCAAACCCAACACCUCCCCGCCUUCAUCAGCCACCACUACACAGGGCUAUUCUGAAGAAGAGGAGGAGGAGAAACAUGAAGAGAUGAAGAGAGAGCUGAUGGACAGUUCCCAGGAGGCAGAGUCAAGAAAGCCUCUUCAGCGAGCAAAGCGAAUGAUGCCACUCUUCGCCUGGCCACUGCUGGAGGCAGCAGGACUGUCUGAGAUUCUGCUUCACUCACAAUCAGAUGAGUGCAGCAUGACAUUUACCCAGUACAGCUCCACUGGAGCGGUAAUUGGGGAGUUUGCAGCGCUGGGGGAAAUGUUGCACUGCCUAACCGGCCGCUGUCCUCAAGAGUACGAGCACUACGGCUGCUACUGCGGACAGCAGGGUAGCGGAAUCCCUCAAGACCACCUGGACCAGUGCUGUUUCUUUCAUCAGUGUUGUCUGGAGCAGCUCACAUUGCUGGGCUGCAGGAGAGACAGGAAACUCAACAUUCACAUCAACUGCCACAACGGCAGACCCCAGUGUCUGGGAGUAAGUGUGUGUGAUCGACUACAGUGUGUGUGUGAUCGCACCACGGCCGAGUGCAUGGCAGCAUCUCAUUUCAACCACUCCAUCACCUCCCAGUGUUCUGGUCCUCGGCCCCCCUGCACGCGCAGACCAAGCCCACCACCACAACGCGCCGAUUCUGAUUCCAGCCAGGAGAGUUCAGAAACUGCCGAAUCAGAUCUACAAACGUCUCAGAAACGUCCACACACACACGGUAAACCUGGACAGACCAAGCCGGCAGGUGGUGCCAGGGAGCAAGAGGGUAAGGAUGUAGAACAACCAGGAGCAGAGGAGGACAAAGAAGAAGAAGAAGAAGAAAAAGAAGAAGAGGAAGGAGGAGGAGAAAAUGAAGAAAUCUAGAAAUAUGAGUCAAAAUCACAUAUAAAUAGCUGUAGUACGGUGUAGUGCACAUCUAGUGCACCACAUAAACAAUACUGAUGGAUGUUCACACAUCCUUACAACAAGUAAAAGACAAGACUAAACUAAAAUUCCACACCAUUAAGGUGCAUUAAAAUGUUAAUGGCACAGUGAUUGGCAGAGAUUUAUUUUUUUACUUGCAAGAGCAGUUGCUGUUCUCCAGUAUGUUGUAUUUCCCCAUAUCAGCUAGUCUCAGUGAAUUCUAGCUCAACGGCAGGUAGCUAACGUUAGCUGCAGUUGAACACAAACUCCUACUUCUUGCAAGUUAAUCUGUAUUUAGUUUCUGUAUCUAGUGUGUGAUGUGUUUCCAAAACAAAUUUAAUUAUAUACUGUAAGAGCCUAAAAAAUCAAUUCUGAAAAGAAAUUCAAACAUAAGGCCUAUUGAGGACUUGACUUAUUUCAGGCAAAUUAAGACUAUGUAAGGAUCCCUAUUUACCCUGUUAUAGAUAUUUCUUCAGUCAACUAAUGAGCAGAAGAAAAACACUGAACAGAACAUGACACGCUUAUUUUAACUUUAAAGCUAAACAAAAAUCAUUAGCAUGGAAAGAGAGUGCUUGAUUAACCUGAGAAGCAAAGCGUAAUGAAACAUUGUGUAUUUGUUUUAAAUGUUUCCUUUUUUUUAAUUCAAAAUGACCAAGUUCUCACACAAACACUUUUUUAAAAUAAAAUCACACUUAAUAGGUGCUACUGCUUUGAAUAUAAAAUCUUUAUUGAUAUUGUUUGAUCUUGUUGUGCACAGAAAGUGACUGAGCAUCCAACGCCCUACUAAACAGAAAUUUGGCAAAGUUUAAAGCAUCUUAGUGGUUCUGUUGUUGUUUUUUGAUACGAAUAAACAUUUAUAUUGAAAAGUGAACGCCAUAGCUGGUGAUUAUGAUUGUACAUAUUGAAGGCUGCAUUGCUUAUCAUAUCACGUGCAUGUACGAACACACACACACACACAAACAUACACACAAACACACACACACACACACACACAAACACACACA